AUGCUUCAACGCGCGUCUCGCCUCGCCUCCGCAUCCUGCCUGCGCUUCCGCGUCAAUACCCCCAGUCCGCGACACUACUCCUCAAACCCAGAUAACGCAGACACCAUCGAAUCUAUCCUCUCCAAACCAACCUGGUCCGUUCGCUCCCUCCUCCCCGAUCCCAACACGAAACCCGCUCCCUCGGUCACCCCAGCGCAACUCCGACACCUCCUCCGCCUCUCCGCCCUCCCGCAACCCUCCAGCCCCGAAGAGGAACAGCAAAUGCUCGACACGCUCGAAUCCCAGAUCCACUUUGUAAAAGAGAUCCAGAAAGUAGAUACGACGGGCGUCGAGCCGUUGCAGAGUAUCCGCGACGAAAGCCCCGAGGCUGUGAGGGAGAACACGAUUGGAUUGGAGAAGCUGAGGGAGGCUAUGGCGAAGGAACGCGUGGUCGGGCGGAAUAAGAAGAUUCAGCGCGUUGAGGGGGAGAGAAAUGAGCGGCCUGAUGGGGAUGCUUGGGAUGGUAAUGCGCUGGGGUAUGCGGGGAAGACCAAGGGGAGGUUUUUUGUUGUUGAUACGGCGAACUCUUAG